ACCAUGGCUUUGGUCGGACUGUGGUAGACGGGCUUUCUUUGCCAAACGCACCCCCGGCAUCCCAAACACUGCCUACAAAAUUCUUACACCUACAGCUCCCUGGCCUAGUUACUAACAUGGAAUGUUACACCAAGCUGGUAGAGUAGUUUUGAAAAGUCUUAUUACUUUAAACUACAAAACUCCCCCGAGAAAUACGGGAACCUGCUGCCAUCUAGAGCAAAUGGGUUGAAACCAUCAACAGCUGUGACAGUGUGUGCCAGAAUGGCUCUUCUAUCUCACCAGUCUCGCGAUGUGGUCGUGCCAACAGGCGCAGAGAUGUGGUCAGGUGUGGCGAGAUUCACUCGGCAACGUUUAGUUGUGUACGAUCUCGCGUCGCGACUAGAGCGAACGCCAAUGGUGGCCGGUUGAAACUCUUCCAUUUGUUCAAAAUCAACACCGUCUUGAAGAAACCUGGAGUUUUCUGCACGAAAUCGACGACCGGCGCAAACGGUUGGAGUGACAAUUCAACGAACAUUCACGCAUGAACACACGCUCGAAUACCCAGUGCCGCUCAAUUUAUAUGCAAAGUACACCCUACCAGUGCACACCUCAAUUCAAUCCAGUGAGAGUCUUAUCCACAUUACAGUAACUUGUGGAUAGAGUGUCGCCUACUGCCCGUCCAACACGAACGUUGGACAACGAAAAGAAAGUUCACAGUCUUAAGCAGCGAUUUUCGCAAAACCAGUGCACACGUUUGAUACAGUGCGUCCACACAGUUCGUCGUAGUACCAUGCGGCUGUUAAUCCUGUGUAUGGCCGGCCUGUUAUUUCUCAGUGACCUCACUACCGGUGGACGUAUCACUGAAGAUAGGCAGGCUCUAGAGAUUCCCGCUCAAGGACAAACAGAGAAAAACAAUCCCUUUAUUGAAUGGCUGGCAGGAUUGAUAGGAUCUUCGUCUACUCCAGCGCCAGAAACCCUAACACCGCCAGAUUCAUGUCCCAUGUGCAAAUGCGGCAGAACCAACCGAUUAACGCGCAUCGUGGGAGGACAAGAAACGCAAGUUAAUCAGUACCCAUGGAUGGCAAUGUUGCAGUACUCGGGCACAUUUUACUGUGGAGGAUCACUGAUCAGCGAUCGCCACGUCCUGACGGCGGCUCACUGCGUGCACGGUUUCAACCGAAACAAGAUCAGCGUUGUGCUGAUGGAACAUGAUCGAGUGUCCACCAGCGAAUCGAUGACAAUGGUUUCGAAAGUACUGCGUGUCAUCGAACAUAAUGGCUACAACUCAAACAAUUAUAAUAGUGAUAUUGCAAUCCUACGGCUAGCGACCGUUAUGACCAUUGAAGAUAAACUUCGACCGGUUUGUCUGCCAACGCCUAAGAAACCUUUCACUGGAUACGAUGGCAUUGUGACGGGAUGGGGUGCAACAUCAGAAAACGGAGCCAUCUCUACAAAUCUGCAGGAGGUAACGGUUCCAAUCAUGUCAAACGCCGACUGUCGAAAGACGGGAUACGGGGCAUCUCGUAUCACAGACAACAUGCUGUGCGCAGGGUACGACGAGGGAAAGAAAGACUCCUGCCAAGGCGAUAGCGGAGGUCCAUUGCACGUGAUUAAGCAGAAUAGCACGGACAAUGUGCACCAAAUCGCGGGGAUUGUGUCGUGGGGCGAGGGUUGUGCCAAACCGAAUUACCCCGGCGUGUAUACCAGAGUGAACCGGUUCGGUACGUGGAUUCGGUCGAAUACGGCUGAUGGUUGUUACUGCAGUGAAGAUAAUUGGUUUGUAGAAACCAUGCAAGUGAUAUCGGUGCAGUUUUGUUUGUUAAGUUGUUUAGUGUUUACCCAUGCACACCAUGGUGCAGAGCAUGAAGAACCAGCAGUGAACAGAAAAGAGGUGGAAAAUCUACGCGCGUCUCCGUUAGGUAGUGGAGUACAUCAGUUUGUAGAUGUAUCGCUCAAUUUGCUUGCAGUCAAAGAAUCGGGUGCAAGCCCCAUCACGGUUGCCACAAGUUUGCACGAUGACAAUCCAAACAAUUUCCCUCCUAACACGAAAUGGCCAAUUCCUCAGGCCGCUAUUGACGUCCAAAAUUACCUAAACCAAACAGCCAACAAUAUCACAAAGCCUGUCCAGAGUUCGCUAGCUACUCUUACAUUUCCGUCCCUCUCACUCAGUGAUCCUCAAAGUGGGCAAUCUGUUGUACCAACCAAACCCAACCAACUGUCCAUAAUACAGCAGGUUUUGAGUAGUUUUCAGGGAAGUAACAGCACUAUCGCAUCUUUUUUCCAAAUACCGUCGAGUACCACUACUGAACCUGCACCAGAAACAAACAACAGUUCUGUGAUGAACGAUCCACCGCCAAACCCGGUGGCAGAACUUGUAACUGCCUCCCAGAACACUUUCAGCAACGCCACUAAUGCAGCGCAGCAAAUCACUAAUCAGUUAGGCGUGAACAUACAGAAUGGACUGUUUGGAUCGCUAGGAAAUCGGCCAAGUAAUGACGAGCCUACAUCCGGCUCUUCCGCCAACAGUUCAUCAAAUCCUAUACAAAGUCUCAUCGAUAAUACUCAGGCAUCGUGGAACAAUGUCACGGGAACAGCACAGAAUCUUGCUGGACAGUUCGGUGCUAACGUACAAAACGGAAUUUCAAACAUUUUUGGCAUCAAUCUCAAUCGUCCCAGUAACGACGAACCAGUGGUUCAAUCGACAGAAGCUGGCUCUACGACUGAGGAAGCUACUUCCACCACAGCUAGCAGUGAGACAUCGACCGGUACGCCAGACACCACGUCCUCCACUGAAACAACCACUACAGAAAGUCCUAAAACUACAUCCACCACAGCACGUGCACCCGCCAUAUAUUUCCCACUGGUGAGCUUUGUAAACAAAACCCAAUCGUUGCUCAAUAGUUCUACAUUGGUCCAAACUGUUACUGGCCAACUGGGCACAAAUGUUCAGUCUGCAUUCCCAACACUUAUAUUUCCCCGGCCUGCCCUUAAAACCGAAGCAAACGUAAAUGAGUUACGCGACGUAAAUGAUGCGCAACUAGUAAACGCAUCUGCACAAAAUUUUCCUCCUCCAGUGCCACCAGCUUGUCCGACGUGCACCAGUGCAUGUGCGUUUAUACCAUCCCUUGGACAACGUAUUGCUGCCGGUUCAAAUGUGUCACCCCACAACAAAUACCCAUGGAUUGCGUUGCUAACUUACCUGGAUAGCCCCUCCGGUCAGGGGUCUUUGAUCAACGAUCGUACUAUUGUAACAACCGCUACCAUCGUGGAGAGCAUGCCGGUCAUCAUGCAUAUACGCGCACUGCUGGGAGUAUACAAUCGUACUGAUGCAAGCGAAUCUAUUAGUUCUAAUGAAAUAAGCACUACCCUUGCUCAUCCCGGCUACAAAAUCACGAAUCAAUUCGCUGACAACAUUGGGCUUCUGGUUCUAAAGGAGCCGUUAACCAGUUUCCAACCCAUUUGCUUGCCCGUUGCAAUCCCAGAAUCUCUCCCCGCCCCUAAAGCUACCGUCGUUGGAUGGGGUGCUAGUUAUCCAAAUGGACCGUUAGCCGAAGUUCUCCAGGAAACCGAGCUUCAAAUGCAUGCUCCUUCAAUAUGCCAGAAAGUUUCAUCGCAAGUAUCUUCAAAAAAUCUAUGCGGAGGGCCAUCGCAGUUAAUCCCGAAUGCUGCCAAUACAUGCACGGGCGAUGGCGGUGAUGCAUUAGUAUUGAAGAAUGGUACAUCUUGGGAAUUGAUCGGUGUCGCUCUUGAUAUUGCCGAAUUCGAAUGUGGCAAAUCUCGCCAGCCCGCUAUGUUUACUAGCGUUGCACAUUACCUGGAAUGGAUAACUACCUAUGGAGCCGGUUGUUUGUGCCAUAAAGGAUAACUUUAUCGUGUAAUCGAGAGUAUUUUUUACUCAAAAAAAAUUUUUUUUUAUUAAACAAACGAUAAUACUACUUGUGCCAGCUCUGGUUAAGAAGCGGCUGAAUUAAGAAACAUUUGAGAAAAAAUAAAGAUUUCCAAUAAUUUUGCUCGAAGCAUUGCAAAAUAUC